AUGUAUCACAAAUCCUCCUCUUCUUCACAUUCUCCAUCUUCAUCCUCACUCGUUCCAGAUAGUGCCUCUCAAAAACACAUUGAGGACACAUAUGCCAAAAUGAGAGGCGAAGUAAAGAGUGUGGCUCAUGCCUACAAGAUGGCUUUCGGAGAAGAUUAUUUGAAAAAUCAAGAAAAGGAAAUUGAGGAAUAUAGAAGAGAACAACAUUUGUAA